GAUGCUGCAUGGCCGCCUCGCGACUGUCAAGCAGCACAAGACGGCCGUUUGUUUGUUUCGUCAACACCUGCGACAAACAAACAAUAACAACAAACAGAAAUACACAUUGAACUUGUUAUUAUUUGUAUUUGAUUUUUUGUUAGAGAAAGGACGAACAUGGACGUCGACGAAGAUUUCACGCGCUGACUGAGCGAGUCAUGUUGUCUCGUCUGCCGCCGGGGGGGAACGGGCCGUUUCCGUGACGAGGAGGAUGAAGAGAGAAAAGCGACUUAACAUCUUAAAACGCCAUCUCGUUACGACACCAUCGAGAAGAUUCAGCAGAGGGAUUUUCAAAUGAAAAUGGAGGAUAUGGCCCUGUCAGGCCCAGACAACACCAGGCUGGAGGCCUUGGUCCACGACAUCUACUCUGAGCUGGUGGAGGACGCCUGCCUGGGCCUUUGCUUUGAGGUGCAUCGCGCCGUCAAGCAUGGCUACUUCUUCCUGGAUGACACCGACCCGGAGAGCGCCAAGGAAUUCGAGAUUGUGGAUCAGCCAGGACUGGACAUCUUCGGCCAGGUGUACAACCAGUGGAAGAACAAGGAGUGCGAGUGUCCCAACUGCAAGCGGCUGAUCGCGGCGUCUCGCUUUGCGCCGCACCUGGAGAAGUGUCUGGGCAUGGGACGCAACAGCAGCCGCAUCGCCAGCCGCAGGCUGGCCAGCAACAACAACAACGUGAGCAAGUCAGAGAGCGACCAGGAAGACAAUGAUGACCUGAACGACAACGACUGGUCAUACGGCGCAGAGAAGAAAUCCAAGAAGAGAAAGUCAGAUAAGAAUCAAAAUUCACCGCGACGAUCCAAAUCACUAAAGCACAAAAAUGGUGAUCUGGGCAGCAAUGUCACUUCAGAAGCUUUCAAGUACAACAACUACAACAACGCCGGGAUCAAUUACGAAACUCUGGGGCCUGAGGAAGUCAGGUCACUCCUGACCACGCAAUGUGGGGUAAUCUCGGAACACACCAAGAAGAUGUGCACCAGGUCUCAGCGAUGUCCCCAGCACACGGACGAGCAGAGGAGGAGCGUCAGGGUGUUCCUCCUGGGGCCGUCCGCGUCGUCCCUGCCCGACGCCACAGCGGAGAGCAACACGUUUGAGCUCCAAGGGGACAGUGGUGGGGCUCAGAACCUCAUCAGCCGCCUGCAGUGGGAAGACUCGCCGGAGAUUUCACCCACCGACUCCGCCUCGUCCAGAGCCAGCACCAACCAUUCGGACACUCGCAGGCCGAAGAAAAAGAAGCGAACCUCGCUGGCUUUGAACAGCACAGCAGGAGGCGGCGGUGAAGGAACAAGCGGAAAUCUAACGAGUGGCGGCAAUGGCGGUGUCUCGCACAGUAACAUUAGCUUGGCCGCCAAGAAAAAGCGUCCCAAACUUCCUGCUCCUCCUUCUAUUUCCAGUAUCUACGACGACUUGAACUAGCACCAGAGGACAUUUUACCCCAUGUCUCUAUGUCAACUUGAGAGGAAGUGUCGGUUGGGAUGAUGCGUUCAGGUGCACCAACAAUCUCACACGCACACUCACACACACAUUCCUCUGUUCUCUCUAUUGCUGCGUGUAUUUCAGGUGAAGUGCGACUUGUGUAUAACGUAUUUCCGCAAAUGGUGGCCUCCACGAAACGAUAUAACCCAAAAGAAAAAAAACACCCUCCUCUGGUACAGUACCCCAAAAGACAAAUCCGAAAAGACAAAUGCCUCCCCUCCAAUAAACACCAUACCCCAAGGAGAAACACAAAUUGAUGCCGUACCCCAAAAGACGCCUCCUCUGUAGGCACCACAACCUAAAAGUCAAAUAGCCCCACCCUCCAAUAGACACUGUACCCCAAGACAGAUUAAAAAAGACAAACGUCUCCCUCCAACAGAUGGCCUAUCACAAAAGAACAAAUUGAUCCCUCCCUUCAAUAGACGCCAUACAUCAAAAGACAGAUGUAUCCUUCCAAUUAAGGCUGUACUCCAAAAGACAAAGACCUGCCUCCAGUAGAUGCCAAAGCUCAAAAGACAAAUAGACAACUUUCUCUAAUAGAUGCCAUACCCCAAAAGACAAAUAUAGCUUCCCUCCAAUAGACGCCGUACUCCAAAAGAGAAAUCGACGCCUCCCCAAUAGGUGAAUUUUGUCAUAUUCCAAAAGACAAAUAGACAACGCACCCCGAAAGAAAAAUGGACACCUACCUCCAAUAGAAGCCACACCCCAAAGGCACAUAGCACCUCCCUCCAAUAGACACGUCCCUUCAGUUGACACCAUACCCCAAAAGACUGACAUGGGGUCGCGCCACAUUGCAUUACUGGCCACUAUUUGUCGAAAUACGCUACUUUUGUAUACUUAUGUGACAUAUUUGGUUUUGUCAAGAUGAUUGUGACCUGAUUAUUUGAUGUAAAGGAUCCAAAUGGUGAUUAUGGUAUUGUACAUGUUUACCACGCACAUGCACACACACUUUGUAUUUGCACAUUUCACUGUAGUGGUGGUUGAGACGGACAAGGUAAGCUCACGUAUUUUAAAUCUAAUUGUGUAUAUUUUUAUAGUCCCGUGAGGUUUUGUUGUUUUUUUGUUUUUUUUUCUGGUGAUGUCAGCGCUAAAUAUCAACAAAUGGAGGGGGAAAAAAAGUAUUUUACGAGCGCUGUUCUGCGUUACUGAUGUCUGUAAAUAAACAAAAAGGGUGGAAAGUUUUUUUUUUCCAAUACUUUUAAUUGGAGACAUCAGACUCAAAAUUGCUUUUUUUCUCCUAAGUGCCAGAUUAAUCUGUUUCAUUCAUUCAUUUUAUUUACACUGUAUACACAUUGUACACGAAAUACACCAGGCCUGAUAUACUUUCAUGUUACAGUAUCUCAGCCUUUAAAUUAAUUUCUACACGCCACAGAAAAAAACGUCAUCUUGAAGCAUUGACAGGGAAAAGCAGCCUCAAACAACGGAAAGCAGAAAUAAAAGCUCAAUUAAUCACAAA